AUGUCCACCUCACCGAUUGACCCUGUCAUCGCCAUACCGACAUUCAUGGGCUCGCUUUUGUCCUUUCUUGCCACCUCGAUAGCAAUCGUGUUGCAUGUCGUCAUUCCACCUAAGCGACAUUUUCGCCAUGCACUCAUUAUUAAUCUUCUCGUGGCAGCAUGGUCAGAUUUCAUGAAUAGCCUUAAUAACACGAUUUCAGGUGCGGUCGCGCUGGCGAGCACCAGCGUGGACAAGAAUACAUCAGUCGGCGCCGGUUGCAUUGCAAACGCUUGGUUCGGACAACUCUCUGUCCAAGCUAUCGACUUCAAUAUUCUCAUCAUAUCUAUCGUUGUUCUUUUUACUGUACUCAACAGCCGACUUGUUGCACAAUCGUCUGCUAUGGCAACGACAGCUGUAUGCGCUGCUGCAUGGAUCCCUGGCAUCAUCACCAGUAACCGGCAGCCAUUGAAUCUUCUUGAGGCGUGA